CGACUUUGUUGCUCUCCUGCCCCGCUAGUCUCGUCCGUCUCUGGUCUCUUCUCCGGAACCGAGGAACAACUCGUUGAAGUCCGCCGCCAUGGAAGACGACAAUAUAAUCAUGCCAGUUUAACUCGGGGGAAGAUCUUUCAAGAUGCCAGGCCUUUUGUCCAGUCCUGUGUGUCUGACAGUCAUCUGGUUUUUAUCUUGGUCACUGUGUUCCAGUCGUGCUCAGAUUCGGACUGAUGAAGUGCCAGACGUGCAGUACAAAACCCUGGGAUCCAAUGUGACACUGACAUGCGGGAAGUCACAAAACAGGUUACCCGUGGUGUGGCAUCUCAACAACAGCUCGGUGUUGCCAUGGCACCGAGUGACACCGGACGGCGAGUUAAUCCUGCCGCAGGUCGACCGAUCGGCGCAGGGCGACUACAGCUGCUACGACACCGAGGGGCGGCUCCUCCACACCGUCACCCUCAGGCUGGGCCAUCGCCCUGGGCUGCUGAGCAUUUCCUGCCGAGUGCCCAAUCACACACAUGUCCGCUGCUCCUGGGUGGAACCGGCAAAGAUGUAUCUACCAGUCUCGUACAACGCCACCUUCAAGAACGGCGCGGAGUGGAGGCCGUGCGUCGUGGACGCCGCCCGCAGACACUGUGACGUGGACGAGCUGGCCUUCUGGCAGCCCAUGCACACGCUCAUUGUCACGGCGUUUAACGACUUCGGAUCUUCGAAGACGACCAUCCGUAUUAAGCUCCAUGAGCUGUUGAAACCGGACCCUCCGGAGUCCGUGAAGGUGGAGGAGCUGGAGGACUUUCCACAGAGGCUGCUGGUCUCCUGGAGCUUUCCCUCCUCCUGGCCGGUGGAGGACGCAUUCCCACUCAUGUUUCACAUCAGAUACAGACCUCAGGGCUCCGUAUACUGGUCAGAGAUUUACACCGAGGAGAGUUCUUUCGUCAUAUUGGAUGCCUUGGCGGGCCACCUCCACCAGGUUCAGGUUCGAGCCCGAGACGAGGUGAAUUCGGAGAGCCGGUGGAGCGACUGGAGUCAGCUGCUCCUCGUCAAACCCUGGGAAGUCUACGCCACUGCCGACCCUACGGAGGAGUCCGAGUACUUUUUCCCCUUCGAUACCAAACCUGAAACCUCCACUGAAAAGUCGCACAAUCCGAUCCAAGGGGAUGAAGGUAAUUUAGGGUUGGUGAUCCUCCUGGUUUUGUUCUCCGUGGUCAUCCUCACCACCAUCCUUUCCCUCAUCUUUGUUAUGUGGAUGAGGCAGAGACGGCGGGAUCAAGCCACCAAGCAGGAGCUCACCUCCAUGGUCAAGAUGAAGUCCAUGCCAAUCUAGAGUCUAUUUAAAGCAUCUUGUGCCCGUCUUCAGCUCAUCCUGGUGCUCCACCAGUGAGGCAGCCUCCACACUCACCGUCCACUACAUUACCCACAAUGCAUCAGUCACAAUCCGGACGGGGAAACGACAAACCCACGCAAAGAACUGAGUCUCAGCAGCGGCCUGCAUGCGGGGUGAGUUCUCAGUUUCCCCGGACCCGUUAAAAAGAAUCACAUCGAACUGCGCUUCCCAUAAUGCAUCAGUGGGUACAAGGAAGACAGCCCUGACUUCUGCGGACCUACGGAGCAACACUUCACCCAGCAGAGCUGCUUCAGGUGGACUGACUCCUCAGCUCUUUAUUUGGAGGAGCGACUUUUAAACUUUCUGAACAUUUGAGGACGAGAAGUGCAGCUGGCUUAAAGGAGAACGUUUUAGUGGAAGGGGAAGAUUUUAUUUCUGGGACAACUUGCCGCGCUCUUCUCCCAUCCAGGACUCCUCACGCUCCUACAUUUUGUUAGAGGUUAAUUAUGAGAAGGAGCACAUAAACACGAGCGUCCAUUCUCGCAUCGACUGACUGACCGACUCAAUGCUGUGAAGGAAAUAUAACUUCUGCCAGUCUCUUUGUGUGUUUGUGUUUGUGUGUGUUUGUGUGUGAAUGUGCAUCAGAUGCCAAAGCAGCAACUCUGGGCAUUACAGUCUCCUCAGUGGGAGGGAAAGGGAGGGGCCAGGAAAGGGACACGCUGCUCCCAGCUGAAGGGAGAUUACAGACACUGAGGUGGUGCAGGGCGAGUCUCAGAGACUCUUUCAUGACUUUGUGUUGCAAAGUUGACGUUCCUGUUAUGUUGCCUGGCAUCUCUGUUGCUUUUUAAUGUAGCUCUUUAAAGCCAUCCAUCCACUGUUGUCACAUUGCGUGCAGAGAAAGAAGGCGACCGUGGCCUUUCACAGAGUCACCAGCAUGAAGACACCAGGAAGAUAGAGAUCACUUCAAACGUCUCUUACAAGAUAGUUUUCUAGUGAGCUCAGAGUAAGUUCAUUCAGUCUGAUAUGAUACGAUGUGAUUUAAAUUUGCAAGUCUGAGAUUUACAAAACUCAUUUUUCAAACAUUCAGUCCGGGAAGGCUGGUCACGCUCCCCCUCCUUCGGUACUACGACUGAAGCUCUGCACCUGAAAUUCAUGGACCUCGUGUGGUGCGGGAGUGGAUUCGACUUUAUUGCAGCAAAAUAAGCAUGCCGUAAAUUAUCAUCAAAAAACAGCACGAACAGGAACUAGCAGGUGCCAAUACACUAAAUAAAACACUAAAUCACACAGCUAGCUCAAGCUUGUAGCAACUGUGCAAAUACACUCAUUUGUUUUUGUUGGUUUUUUUUUUUUUUGUCUUCUGUUUUUGUCAUUGGAGGUGAGAGACGUCCUGUUGUGUUUACGGAUGUUGGUGUAAAGCGUGAUCAGCCGUGAACACGGCUGAUUAGCUGGACCAGGGUCGGGUUUACAGAGCAAGAGCCAAGUACAAACAUCCAGUUCUGUGAGGAGGGUUUUUGUUUUUGUUAGAUUUGGAAAAAGAGUGUUUAAUAGACUUUACCUUUUAAAGACAAAGUCUGACCAAUGGCGAUAUGCACGUUGAGUAUCGGCCUGUAUGUUGAUUUGUUAAAGACAGUUUGUAUUUGUUUCAAAAGACAGUAAUGCGUGAAAAAAUAAGGUUCUGUAAUUGAAGAUUUCAGACAGUAAAAGGCCUCACAAGUAGCUGAGAUGGGAAAAUAUAAGCAAAAGUUAUAAGUUUGAAGCACUUUGUUUGCCAUUGAGUUUGAGAAACCACCGUCAUGCCUGAACGUCUGUAUGGUGAUGGAUGGCUACGUGUCAUGGAGACUUGAACCAGGGAAAGUUUCCAGUAGGAGGGCAUUUAUCAUUUUGUAUGUCAUCAAAUAGAGGAGACUCGGAGAGCCUUGAUUUUUAACAUCUUCCUCACUGCGGGGAGAUUAGAUUUGAAAACGCUAUGUUAAAAGUACCUGUAUAAAGAAAUUGACAACAUAUUCAGUAAUAUAAAUCUUUCUUUCUCAAUUUUAAAAGACAUUUGAAUUUUGAGGACAGGUUUGCCAAGCAGUCGUGGAAGUGACAGCCUGGGCUGGGAGAGUACAAGUCUCCUCGUGAAAUCUGUUUCUGUCCCACACUCAGCAAUAAAGUGAGCAAGUGAAGCCUUAAGUUCUCUCUGUCCAUACGAGCAAUAAGUGGUGGAGUGUCGCUCACAUCUGUGCUGGAGGACGGUCCCUUUCAUGUGAGCGGGCCGCUUCGUCGCUAUGGAUGUUCGAAGUAAAUAACAGAGCGCCAGUCGGCGUUCACUGUCAGCAGAAACAACAUCAAUGGAUGGGGAAGGCUAAAGAUAGAGAUUCUGCUGGAUUUGUUUUUUUAUUUUUUAGGAAACUGGCCGAGCGGGUCGGGCGUCGACACCAGUGAACAUUUUUCUUUGUGUCUUGUUGCACCAGCUGAGUAUUAAUCAGACGCUGCUGGAUGAUCAGUGUGAAAAUACCUCGAGUACAUCUGCUCGGUGUCCGCACCGCCUCCAACGUUUCUUCAUUUCUUUCUUCCUCUCGGUUUGGUGGCUGCUGAUCCAAAGCUGCGUCGCUUGAUUGACUGAAUGAUUGUUUCAGAAACACAAGGUGCAUCGAAGUCAAACUUCUCCUUUAUUUGUUUCCUAGUUUGACGACUGUAUGUUCUCUCAAGCUAGCUCCACAUAUUAUGCAUGGAUCCAAUUCAAGCUUUUUUUUGUAUAUUAUUGUAUAUCACACUUUAAAAAACAGAACAUGUAUGUUAUACGUGGUGUUUAUAUGUAGAGAGACAGACGGUAGUCCUGUAGAUUGAGGGGAGCUCACGUCUGUACAGCCUCUCCACGCAUUGUGUGUUUGUGUCUUUGUGUCGUUCUGCCCAGUUAUAUGAAGCUGUGUUACUGUACGAUUACUGUAUGGACAAGUGUGUUUACUGAGCUCCUCUUUACAGUCAGGUGAAUCCCUUUCUAAAAAUUGUUCACCCAAAUUUUUGAUUUUUUUUUUCUUCUGAUUGACAAGCAGUAGUGAAAGUGACAGAGAACUGUUGAAUAAUUUGACAAUUUACCUGAAUUCAGGUCUUCUUUUUCAACAUAAUCUCUAUUUUAAAUGUGCCACUCCAGAUGAAAUCUUUAAUAUUUUUGUCAUAUUUGAUGAAAACACAGAUUUAACUUCAAAAAUGACAAGUAAAAACACACACCCAGGCUUUGAGUGUGUGGCACGGUUCUAAAAUAGUCCUCCAUAUAAACAGUCGGACCACAGGAAAGAACCAUGAAAAUCUGUUGCAUGAAUUUGAUCGGAAACGAGCAAGAAUUUUAUUUUUUUUUCAGUAACUAAUACCAGUAAUUCCAGCCAAACUGUAUCCGUUAAUGUAGCAAAAGCCAGACUUUUUGGUUUUGCGUGUUUUGCUUUCGUCCUUUGUGGUCAUGUUGUGUUUAUGUUGUCGUAGCCACAUGCUUCUGUUCUCUGUGUAUCUACAAAACCAAACAGCGCAAACACGGUGGGCUAAACAAAGCCGGCAAUAAUCAGGCUAAUGAGAAGAGUCGGGACGCCCGGGCGCACGUAAACACAAACCGCCGGGGACGACAACAGUAACACGAGGAGCGUGUGUUUACGCCAGUCCGCUCCAACUCUGUAAUGUUAAUAAAACCUCUGUUUGUGGAGAAAGGAAUGAAAAAAAAAAAAGUGAAAUCAAGCUCAGAAGGGAGGACUGAGAGAAGUUAAACACACUUUAAGAUGUG